AUGUCGUCCACGCCAUCCGCUGGCGCUGUGUUCGAACGGGCGAUGGCGCAGGCCAUCUCCGAGGGCCUCGACUACUCCCUGAUUAGUUUCCAGUUGGAAAUGUGCAAGAAAAUGAAGCCACUUUUGGGACCCCGUUGUUUUCUCGAUCAAACUGAUGUCGACGGUUUUGUAAAGGGGGCGAUCACGGCGUUACGGGAUGGGUUCUCGACAAGAGUGGCCCUGGAGGUGUUGGACAUGGUGAGUUUACUUGCCAAGGGUGAAGCUAUCAUGCUCUGUAACCCGCUGUUACGUCAAGAACUCAUUGUGGAAAUACUCUCGUCAUCCCUACCGGUCAGAGACACCGCCGUCAAGACCAUUGUUGCGCUUUGGCACCAAGUUCCCCACCAUGUCACACUGGCGAUGAUGAAAGCUAGCAAGCAAGGUGAUGGCGCUAGCUGGGCUACCGAUGAAAUCAUGAAUGAUACUCGUGACUGGACGUUGCCUGGUGCUCUUCCCCGUCUUUAUCGGCUUGUACUUGCUACUAAUGGUAGUUCUGUACCCCAUGCGAUAUUGUGGUUGUGCCGUCAUAAGCACAAAGAGGCGUUGAUCGACAUGUUGCUCGCUGAAUGCACAAAAUCAGAAGCCUGUUCUCUACCCAAGGACACCUCCAACGACACUGCCGCAAUCAAGUGUACCAAAGUCAGUCGUGUAGACGCUCGCAAUGUUCCUACUCUGGAAGCGUCUGCUACAACUAGCAUCGGUAAUGCUGGUGUGGAACUGAACACUGAUGAAGCUGUAAACCAAGAAGAACAGCCUGCUUCUCCUCGGGUCAAAGAAUCAAUGCCUCAAAGCGUUUUCAACAACUGCACCUUUCACGGGAAAGUGAUCAUUGUUGGCGGUAACAUGAAGUAUCUGGACCUGUUUACUUCGUUGGGGGAUGACGUAUUAAGGGAUGAAGUAUUGGAGGAUGACGAAGUGGAAGCCCCGGGAACAUUUUGA